UGUUGCGUCUCCCGUCCGUCAGCCUGCGACCGCUGAGGAUCAUCGGCACAGCCUCGGGGACUCGGCGCCCAGUUAUCGGUGAUCGCAGUCCAGUGAACCGAGACCCGGGGAGCCCGGCCUGGAGCCGGUGGGAGUCACUUUGCGUGCGUUGAGCAGCCAGAGUCUAAAAUGAGCCUGUUUGGAACAAGUACAGGGUUUGGAACAGGGGGCAUGUUUGGAGGGACAGCGACGGACAACCACAAUCCUAUGAAGGAUAUUGAAGUGACAUCUCCUCCCGAUGACAGUGUCAGCUGCCUGGAGUUUAGUCCCCCUACAUUACCAGGAAACUUCCUGAUCGCUGGAUCCUGGGCCAAUGAUGUGCGUUGCUGGGAGAUUCAGGAUAAUGGACAAACUGUUCCAAAGGCGCAGCAGAUGCACACAGGUCCUGUGUUGGACGUCUGUUGGAGUGAUGAUGGCAGCAAAGUGGUCACAGCAUCAUGUGAUAAAACUGCGAAGAUGUGGGACCUCAACAGCAACCAGGCGAUACAGAUUGCACAACACGAUGCUCCUAUUAAAACUGUCCACUGGAUCAAAGCACCAAACUACAGUUGCGUGAUGACAGGAAGCUGGGACAAGACGUUAAAGUUCUGGGACACACGUUCUCCAAAUCCUAUGCUGACGUUACAGUUACCUGAGAGAUGUUACUGUGCUGAUGUGUUGUACCCCAUGGCUGUAGUUGCCACAGCAGAAAGAGGUCUAAUAGUUUACCAGCUCGAGAACCAGCCGUCCGAGUUCAAGAGGAUAGACUCUCCCCUGAAGCACCAGCAUCGGUGUGUCGCCAUCUUCAAGGACAAACAGAACAAGCCAACAGGAUUUGCACUUGGAAGCAUUGAAGGACGAGUAGCCAUUCAUUAUAUAAAUCCUCCCAACCCUGCAAAAGACAACUUCACUUUCAAAUGCCAUCGUUCUAAUGGAACAACCAACACAUCUGGGCCUCAAGAUAUCUAUGCUGUGAAUGGAAUUGCAUUCCAUCCAAUGCAUGGCACUCUGGCCACUGUGGGAUCUGAUGGCAGGUUCAGUUUUUGGGACAAAGAUGCUCGCACAAAACUGAAAACAUCAGAGCAGCUUGAUCAGCAAAUCGCCGCCUGCUGUUUCAACAACAACGGCAACAUCUUCGCGUAUUCCUCAAGUUAUGACUGGUCAAAAGGUCAUGAAUAUUUUAACCCACAGAAGAAAAAUUAUAUAUUCCUGCGUAACGCAGCGGAGGAGCUGAAACCCAGGAUUAAGAAGGGGAUCUGAGGCCAGCUUCUGGUGGUUUGAAGGCAAAGGAUCAGAGGAGGAUAUUUUAACAUGCAGAUCCAUAGCUACAGCUGCUAUAUGAUUUCCGUCACUCCUACUGGAUUCCAUAGCUUGUCUUCUAGAUUUUCAUGUUUCGUAUAUUUUCCCUGAAUAAAGUUUUCAUUUCUUUG